AUAUCUUCUUUAGGCAUCGUCAGUGUUUAGUGUGACCUCUCUUGUAUAUGUUAAUAAAGACUAAUUUCUUUAAAAUUAUAAAUAAUUAUAAAUAUUUUAUUUAUGUUUUAGAGAUCCGGCAGUUUCCUGCUAUUGCUCAAGUGGAAGGGGAGUUUACCCUAAGAACUUGACAUAUCAGUUUACAUUUUUAUACAGUUUUUAAUUUUAUAUUCACAUUUUCUGUAUUUUCUGGAUGUAUUCUAAAGAGACUGAGAAACAAUUAUAUAUGCUCAUGUUCCAAAACGCAUAUCACUUUCUUUCCUCCAUUUCACACAAAAUACUUUUUUAGUAGAUAGGAGUAAUAGUAGAUAUUUCCUGCUUUCUUCCAUGGGCACCUGUGGUGUUAUAUUAUGGUGUUGAAUUGUGUAUUGUAUCUGUGAUAAUGUUGUGUUUACUCCCACAAAGAUUUCAUUAUAUCGAAGAAUAAAGGGUUAACCCGAGAGGAUUUAGCCCCACCUCCCUCUCCCUCCUGAGCGCAACAGGAUCUUGCUUUUCCACAUUCUUUCCACUGCUUUCAUGAUGGCUGUUCAUCUCGCAGUGAGCUCUGCUAGAAGAAAUGGAUUUGUUUUCCUCAGGUCCAGCACAGGAGCUGUGGACAUCAGAAGAAGGCCAGUGGGUAAUGCAAGUGCUGCCGUCACUGAACAGGACAGCCAGAGGAAACUCAAGACUGCAUCUGAUCUCCCAGAGAUCACAACCUUUAGGAUGAUGUACAGACUGUUGUUUAAAGGGUACCUGAAUCGCACGCAUGAGAUGCAGUUAUACGAGAAACAGCUUUAUGGUCCCAUGUACAUUGUAAACGCUGGAAACUAUAAGUCCGUUUCAAUAAACAGUGUAGACUUACUGGAGGAACUGCUCAGAAAAGAUGAAAAGUUUCCCUCUAGAGGAGACAUGACUGUGUGGACAGAAUACCGUGACAUGAGAGGCUUCGGCUACGGCCCAGUUACAGAAGAAGGAGAAAAAUGGUAUAGGCUGCGCACAGUGCUGAACAAACGUAUGCUUCAUCCAAAAGACUCGGUUCAGUAUGGGGAUGUGAUUAAUGAGGUGGUUACAGAUUUCAUCAAAAGGAUUUACCAUCUGCGUGAAGUCAGCCCCUCUGGUGAUUUGGUCUCUGAUCUGACCAAUGAACUUUACCGCUUCUCUCUCGAAGGCAUAUCAUCUAUUCUGUUUGAGACACGCAUUGGUUGCCUGGAGAAAGAGAUCCCUGCCGAGACACAAGAUUUUAUUGACUCCAUUGCACAAAUGUUCAUCUACACCAUGCCUGUAUUAAUGCUGCCAAAGUGGAGUCGUGAUUACUUACCAUUUUGGCGACGGUACCUGAAUGGCUGGGAUGGCAUAUUCAAAUUUGCUGUUAAACUGAUUGACAUGAAGAUGGAGGAUAUUCAAAAGCGUGUGGAUGCAAAUCAGGAGGUUGCUGGGGAGUAUCUUACAUACCUGCUUUCCAAUGUCAAGAUGUCCAAUAAAGACGUCUAUGGAAGCAUUGCUGAACUGCUGUUGGGUGGAGUGGACACAACCUCCAACACUUUGACGUGGACCUUGUAUCUGCUAUCAAGAGACCCAGAAGCUCAAGCUACUCUGUAUGAGGAGGUAAACCGCAUCGUAAAGGGUGACAGAGUCCCGACUGCGCAGGAAGUCAACAGCAUGCCUUACCUAAAAGCUGUCAUUAAAGAAACACUGAGAAUGUAUCCUGUGAUCUCCAUGAAUUCUCGUAUCAUGGCAGAAAAUGAUGUGGUCAUUGGUGGACACUUUUUUAAUAAAAUGACAACAUUCACCAUUUGCCACUAUGCGAUAAGCAAAGAUGAGAAGGUGUUUCCAGAACCAAGGAAGUUCAAACCUGAGCGUUGGCUCAGAGAUGGCCGAGCCAGGCCUAACCCGUUUGGGUCGAUCCCAUUUGGUUUUGGAGUCAGAGGUUGUGUUGGUCGUCGCAUUGCUGAACUGGAGAUGUAUCUGACUUUGGCCAGGAUAAUCAAGUUAUUUGAAAUCAGACCAGACCCAACAAUAGGUGAGGUUCAAGCAAUUAAUCGCACAGUACUUGUGGCAGAUAGACAGGUCAACUUUCACUUCGUGGAGAGAUAAAACACACCAUCUCGGUCUUAGCUGGAGAAGACAGCCUAAAUUUAAAUUUUGUCAUUAUUUAUAAAAAUAUAUUUUUAAAAGAUAUUUUAUAAUGAUAAACACACAUUUGAUGGUACCUAUUGACUUCCAUAGCCUUUGUUUUAUACUGUGAGCUUACCAUCAUUUAUUCCUUUAAAGAAGAAAUGCUUAGCACAUGUAUACAUAUUGGCCUCAGUGACUAAUGUGAUGUUAAACUAUGAAUAAUCUUCCAUUAAAAUGUGAUAAUGUUGUGAUUUUGCAAUUUAAGGAAAAAACCUUUUUUGUAAAGCUUUGUUUAAAAAUGGUUCUUUGUACAUUGUAUUUAAUUAUGCUGAUAUAUAAAUAUUUUAUGUAUGCCUUGUAUAAAAUCAAUUAAAAUUUAUAAGGAAUUCAAAACCUUUGUAUUACUCUGAAUGUCUUUUGCUGACAUUUUGCUCAUAAAUAUUGUAUCACACGUACAAUAAAUAUUUUUUCCUCAUUGCAAAUG